GCUGCUUGGUAACAAUGGGGGAGAUAAUGGCUGCCUGAGCAACGUCUCGCAGCAGGCGCUGGGCUAGAGGCGGGUCUCUAGCAGCGACUCAGCGGAGGCGGGCUUGAGAGCGCAACAGGGGAGGCGCGCAGGGGCCUCGGCGGCGGCGGCCGAACCGACCGAGUCGGAUCCCGACACUAAAACCCAAUCAUUUUCCACUUGUUCAUCAAGAUGGAAAGCUCAGAUUCUAACGAUAAAGGAAGUGGUGAUCAGUCUGCAGCACAGCGCAGAAGUCAGAUGGACCGAUUGGAUCGGGAAGAAGCUUUCUAUCAAUUUGUGAAUAACCUGAGUGAAGAAGAUUAUAGGCUUAUGCGGGAUAACAAUUUGCUGGGCACCCCAGGUGAAAGUACUGAGGAAGAGUUGCUGAGAAGACUACAACAAAUAAGAGAGGGCCCACCACCACAUAACGCAGAUGAAAAUAGAGGUGGAGACUCUUCAGAUGAUGUGUCUAAUGGUGACUCUAUAAUAGACUGGCUUAAUUCUGUCAGACAAACUGGAAAUACGACGAGAAGUGGGCAAAGAGGAAACCAAUCUUGGAGAGCAGUGAGCCGGACUAAUCCAAACAGUGGCGAUUUCAGAUUCAGUUUAGAGAUCAAUGUUAACCGUAAUAAUGGGGGUCAAAACCCAGAGAAUGAAAAUGAGCCAUCUGCAAGACGUUCCAGUGGAGAAAACAUGGACAGCAACAGCCAAAGGCCAGCAGAAAAUCCACGGUCAGAAUCAACGUCUGCAAGGCCAUCCAGGUCAGAACGAAAUUCAACUGAAGCCUUCAGCGGAGAAGUCCCGCCUACUAGAGGUCAGAGAAGAGCGAGAAGCAGGAGCCCAGACCAUCGGAGAACCCGAGCUAGAGCGGAGAGAAGUCGGUCACCUCUGCAUCCAAUGAGUGAAAUCCCACGAAGGUCUCAUCACAGUAUCUCAUCUCAGACUUUUGAGCAUCCUUUGGUAAAUGAGGCUGAGGGAAGUUCUAGAACCCGGCACCAUGUGACAUUGAGACAGCAAAUAAGUGGACCUGACUUGCUCAGUAGAGGUCUUUUUGCAGCUUCCGGAACUAGAAAUGCCUCACAAGGAGCAGGUUCUUCAGAUACAACUGGUAAUGGCGAAUCUACAGGAUCAGGACAGAGACCUCCGACCAUAGUCCUUGAUCUUCAAGUCAGAAGAGUCCGUCCUGGAGAAUAUCGGCAGAGAGAUAGCAUAGCUAGCAGAACUCGGUCAAGGUCUCAGACCCCAAACAACACCGUCACUUAUGAAAGUGAACGAGGAGGUUUUAGGCGUACGUUUUCACGUUCUGAGCGUGCAGGUGUGAGAACCUAUGUCAGUACCAUCAGAAUUCCGAUUCGUAGAAUCUUAAAUACUGGUUUAAGUGAAACUACAUCUGUUGCAAUUCAGACCAUGUUAAGGCAAAUAAUGACAGGUUUUGGUGAAUUGAGCUACUUUAUGUACAGUGAUAGUGAUUCAGAGCCUAGUGGCUCAGUCUCGAGUCAAAAUGUGGAAAGGGCAGAGUCACGGAGUGGAAGAGGGGGUUCUGGUGGCAGUGGCAGUUCCACUUCCGGCUCGAGUUCCAGCUCGAGUUCCAGUCCUAGCUCCAGUUCCAGUGGGGAGAGCUCAGAGACUAGCUCAGAGGUGUUGGAAGGCGGGAAUGAAGGAAGCUCGUCGUCAGGCUCCUCAGGUGCCAGGCGAGAGGGUCGACACAGGGCCCCGGUCACAUUUGAUGAAAGUGGCUCUCUGCCCUUCCUUAGUCUGGCUCAGUUUUUCCUCUUAAAUGAGGAUGAUGAUGACCAACCUAGAGGACUCACCAAAGAACAGAUUGACAACUUGGCAAUGAGAAGUUUUGGCGAAAAUGAUGCAUUAAAAACCUGUAGUGUUUGCAUUACAGAGUACACAGAAGGCAACAAACUUCGGAAACUACCUUGUUCCCAUGAGUAUCAUGUCCACUGCAUCGACCGCUGGUUAUCUGAGAAUUCUACCUGUCCUAUUUGUCGCAGAGCAGUCUUAGCUUCUGGUAACAGAGAAAGCGUUGUGUAAUUAAGGUCGCGACUCUCGGCUGUAGCUGGCAUAGUGAUGGGCAAACAGGAAUCACUUGCUUUAUGUCCACUUUUUGAGUGGUACUGAAAUGUAAAGUAGCAACCUGAAUUGAGUCAUUGCUUUCCGAAUGAAUCUUUGUCCUUUCCCCACCUUCUGUUCCAGAAUAAAAGGAAAUAUUUAAAAAGCAACGUUUUAGGACAUAAAAAUCUGAUUUCACUAUCAGUAAUUGAGGUUGCUGAUGACUUAAUCAUGUAUGCUUGUCAGUUUCUCCUUUGUUACCUUCAAAGAUCUGCCUUAGCAAUGGCUCUUACCUGUUUCACAUUGAUCUUGAAAGUUUCCUGCGCCGUAGGAGAGGGGCUAAGGAAAUUCCCAGUUUAGACUAGGUUCAGUACAUCUUCCUAAGUGAUUGCUGUCCCCAUUUAUUAGUUGGCACAGAUUCAGCUACCUGCUGAAUAUCAUUUGUUCACCUUUCAGACAAGGUGAUUGGACAUGUCAGUGUAAAUAACACUAAGGUUAGGGUCUUCUAAGUGUCUGACUGUCUCCUCAGCCCAUCACUGUGGCACACCGUAGAGUGAGCUUAUAGUUUCAUUGAGAUAUUUAUCUUGUGGAAAUAUUAAAAAAGCCUAUGCUUGUGUAAGUGAAACAAAUCACAUUCGUUUGUUUAAAAAUGUAAAGCUAUUUUGUAGAGGCUCAGUACUUUUCCAAUGCACUGUUGUAAUAAUGCAUUAAAACUUGUAAAGUCCCAUGCUUAGAAAUGAGAAAACUGCUUUCUGUGAGCCAACCUAGUAAACACACCAAACAGAGUACAGAGCUGCUUUUGUAAGUGUAUAGAUGUCAAGAGCAGAACAUAUUUCAUGUAUGUGAGCAGCUACUGUGACACAAAGGGAAGGACAGUGCAGAACUGAACUGCAUUGAAGACCAGUGGAAAUGGUGUAUUCGGCUUGGAUUUAGGCAGGAAAUGAAAGACCGGAGGAGUAAAGCAGACUGCUCUGAAGAGCUUCAGCUUGUCAUGCAGACGCUAAUACAGUACAGACAUUGACUGGUUUCAGAAGGUGAGGUCUUUGACACAGUCUUCUUCGUGAGCAGAUGGAGUAGAUUGGCAGAUUGGGCAGAGCUUUGGUUGAAGAAAAACCACUACCACGUAGCACCAGUUACAUUGUUUUUACAAGUCUACUCCUCAAAAAAAAAGGUGGAGGAAAGACUAUAAACCACUUUUAGCAUAACAAUUGGUACAGAUGUGUGUACUAAUAAGAAAGUCUCGAAUUUGCAUUUUCGAGAUUUGUCAUUUAAGGUACCAGUGCACACUUGUUACUAUUUCAUUAUUCUCUCUCUAACACAGACCUAACAUCUCACAUUUAAAGACCAGUUGAAUAAUAAGGGAUUUUUAUCCUUGGUUGCAAGUGAGUUGUGUUGGGUUAUUUGAAAUUCACAUUUUAAUUGUGCUGCCCAUUUUCGAAGAUGAGACUGCUGACUUACGAUCUAUGGGACACGCACUUUAUGUUGUUCCCUUAGUGGUAACAAUAGAUCUGUGAAGAACCCCAGUACUCUUGCUGAAUUUCUCUUUGGACGGUGGUUGGGGUUAAGGUUAGUCUGACUGUGGAGGACUGCGUUUGUUUUUCUGGGGGAAGCCGAUGGGUCCAAAGAGGGAUUGAUCACAUCCUUGGCCAUUAACAAAGUGAGCUGACUACCUGGGCAUAGUCAGACACUCUACAAAAUCAGUCUGUUUUAGAAGUUCUCUGGGUACCUUAACUGUUAGCAACUUAGCUGUAAAGAUGAUUUCAAAGCUCAUACUUUCAUGUUUUCCUCUGGCUUUCAAUCCUACCUAACUGUCAAGGAAAUUAACUUGUAAAUAUGGUAGUUGUUUACUAAGGAUAUGUACUGCUCUUGCAAGAAAAUAAUGUCCAAACAAAGCUUCACUUAUUUUUUUUAAUAUAAGCAGAAACCACUGUCUAUGGCGCUUCUAUAAUACAUUUUAUCUUUUUAAAAAAUUGUCCAUUUAAAAGUCAGGAUUCCUUUAUAUUGUGGGCCUCCUUGUCUCCUUUCCUGAGGGUGUAAUCAAUGGUUUUCAGAUCUGCAGGGGAGUCCUGAUUGGCUAAGAACAAACCCGUUUUUCUCUUGGUAUAAAAUGUCCCAUUACUAUAGGGGUGUUCAUUUUCUAUAGUUUAAAAACAACUGCCGCUAAGCAUAAAAAUCAUUGACAACAGGUACCUCCCUAAGCUCCCAAGAUGUAUUACUCAUUUGUAAAGUAUUAAAGUGAGAGGUAACUUGUGCAGAAUUCUGGUAAUGAAUGUAGAUAUUAAACCUAUUCCUAAACACUGGAAAUAGAAUUUUAAGUUUUUAGCCUUCACUAGAAUGCACAGUCGACACGUGCACAUGGACCCCUUUUUCAAUAGCACUCACCCAUUUCCAUUGGAUUGUGUAGAAUGGAUACAAAUAUUUUAGUGGAAUUUGCUACUUAUUAUCUUUUUAAUUUUGUGAGGUCCAUGAUUAAUAUAUACUUAACUAGUGUUGUGGACCUUGAAGACAAGGUCAUUUGUAGGUGUCAGAUGUACAGUGGAGAACAAAGAUCUUUUUUCCCACCAGCAUCCAAACACCUAUUCUCUUGAGGGAGCAUUUUCUUGCAAAAGACUUUACGUUUCAUUUUGUAUCUUUGCACUUUUUCUUUAUUAAAGAUUCUGUCUUGAAGACCUACUUGGAACUUCAUGCAGUAAUAGGAACAAGAAAAAACAAUGUUGGGAGUUUACAUUGUUCGAAGCAUAGGGAAAAGUACUAAAAACUGAAUUUCCUUGAAUAUUUCAGGUAUUUUUAAAAGUUCACUUACUAGUCUGAAACGUUUGAGGUGUUACUAUUGUUUAACUCCAAGCAGUUGUCAAGCUUGCGGUUUAUUGGUACUAAAACCAAAACCGAACAGUGAGGUUUAAAGUUUGCAGACUUGGAUCUGUAGCAGCACUAGAAGAAGAGCCAUGUUGUUAAUUUGGAACAUUUGCUCUAAAAAGAACACAGUAGUUGUACCUCAGUGGUGUUAAUGGGGAUUGAGGGAAGGGUUCACAUUAGUGUUGGAGAGUAGGUUCCUUGUGCAGUGAACAACAACAGAAAUGUUUAACACCAAGAUUUUAUAGCGAUACAUAGAUAUUUACAUAUCUAUAUAUGUAUGAAAUCUCUAAAAACACCAUUGGAGUUUAUCCAAACUUUAAGAUUAGGAAACUGGUUAUCUGUGUUACCUCAAGUCAUUUCCCCCCUUGGGAAAACAUGUCCUUUCCGUGCCAAUUAUGCUCUCCUAGUGUCAUUGUCUCAAGUCAUAUUUAUGAAGGUUGACACUUAAUAUGCUUUGUAUUUAGCCACCUGCUUCCCAAAUGUCCAGGACGGGAAAUAAGUCCAGCAUCAGCCAUGACUUUCCCAAAAUACCCACGUGGUAGGGAGAUGAAUGAAUGUUGCAAAAUGCUUCUUCAAAGGCCCUUUUUACAGCUUGCUAGAAUACAGUGGCACCUUGUGGUGAUUGUUGAUACUUUUAAAGAUGGAAGAUAUUUUUACCCCCCCCUCCUUUGUUCUUUUGUGAACGAAAAAUAUUUGUAAUCUGCCUUAUAUGAAUUUUGAAGUUUUACCUUACUGGCUUCCCUGUCAAAUUUAUUACCAACAUUAAGUACUUAUAGAAGCCACGUUUGCAGGGCACUUUUAUUCUUUUCUUGUCUUAUAAGACUAUGCUGAUUGCUACUUUGUAAAGUAUUCUGUACCUUAGUAAUGCAAGAGAUUGAUAAGGCACGUGUUAAAGUGUCAAGUGUUUCUUUCCUUAGUAUAAUUCUUCAGUAUGUUUAAGAUUCAAUAACAGUGUUGUGAAUCAUUGCGUUAACUAGUAAAUUGUACACUUUUGCAAAACACAUUUGAAAUUGUAAAUCAUAACAUGCUUUAUUUGGAAAGGUGAAGUGCAAGGUCUCAAGAACUAGUAUAUAACUUAUUUUUAAAUCAGAUUUUUAAAUAAGCAACUAAUAAACUGCUGUGAGUUCAGUACCUGCCCUUUAAAAAUUUUAGCAUCCUGAAAUUGUGUUCUUAACUGGAACAUUUCUAAAAUAUUAUGUAAUAUUCCCUACAAGUGAGCAACGUCACUUGAUUUAAGUAAAUCCAUUUUGUAUCUAAAAUGCAGCAUAGAAUAGCGCUGUUAUUGAAGUGUUGGAACUUGCAAGGGAUAACAACAGUUUAUGAGUUUUGUGAUUAUUUUCAUUUCUAUGUAGGUGUUUUAAUUAAAAUUUGAAGGAAAUAGGCACGCCCGCUAACACUCAAACUUAUAGUGAGGUACUUGUUUUUUAUUAGUGUUUCUUUGCUACAGACCCAUAAGCUGCUUUAUAGUCACUUGGAUUGAGUGAUAGAUAGAUAGAUAUCUUAAAGACACGCAGUGAAAGUGACCCCAUCAAACCACUGUGCCUAGUUAUUUUAGGGUUCCUCUAUCAGUUCCUCAUCUUGCAGAUUUAUUCCAAUACUAAGGUAUGGUUGAACCAGCUGCCCAGCCUUAACUCCAUUUAGUGCCCCUCUGGUAACAUUCUUUCAACGAUUGAUCCAUAUGUUUUAAUUGUCCAAUGUUGGGAUUUUACCUCUUGAGAGCUCCAUUUGUCCCUGGUGCUGCUUUUAAAGAUGGAGGGCCGUGAGGUAUCGAGUUGAGUAGGUACGCAAUUGGCCCGGUUACAUAUCUGUGCCUGUUUUAUCUUCUCCCAGGAAGAGCUGCUUGGGAUAGAUGUUUACUUGGGUUUAUGUAAAGAAGUGGGCAGCAAUCUUGGACAGCUUUCUGAAGUCUGUAAGAACCUGAAGGGAUUCGGAGGGGGGAUAGUAACAAAGGCUGCCUUUAUGUCUCUGAACACGAAGCACAUAAAUGUAUGUUGUGUAAAGACUGAAGUGAUUGUUAUACCAGGGCUUCCUGACCUCUGGGAGAGACUUGCAAAACAGCAGAAAGGAGCACAAGGUGAAGUGAAUUUGGUUGGCUUGCCUUAUCUGCUUUCUCAUUUUCUUUAAAUUUAAACCUAAACAUAACACCCUCCUCCAGUAUCUACCCAGCAGACUCCUGGUUGGGAAGCCCUGUAUUCAAUUUUGAGAAUGUACCCAGUUUCCUUUUGUUUUGUACAGUGCUUUACACUUGCUAAAAUUUAACUUGUUUAAUGCAAAACAAGACCUUGAAAGGUCAGUCAUAUUAAAGCUGGUUUGAUUAUUAAUAGUUAUCUUUUAGGAAGAAGCUUUUUCCCUAUGUAAGAUGUCAUACUGCAGAUUUAAAAUAUAGACUAUCAAUAAAAUGCAUGAAGUGAUCAUUUGUGCUUGAUCAUCUCUCCUUGGGUUUUUCUUUAAAAGGGGGAAUCUGAUAAAGGUUCUGUUGCUUCAGACUGAUUGCAGAUAGACAUGAUUUCUAGAAAUGAGUGGAAUUACAGCACAACCUUGGUUUUGGUUCCCCUCACUGCUAUGAGUGUGGGCAGGUACUGGUUUACGGGAUACAACUUCCAUUCUGUGUUGUGUCGUUUAAUGGCUUAAUCUUGGUAAAAUAAAAGAUUGAAGUAUAUUCUCAUACAAGAAUCCUGGAAAGAAUCUAUGUAAAUGACAUUUUAAAUGACAGUGCAUGUUCACUGUUUCUUGUAUUUUCACCAUUGCCCUGACCACUCCCUUGCGUGACCUCUGUAAGUACAAAAACUUGUCCUGGUAUGCUCAUGCAGCUUUUGUCUUCCAUCCCUACCACCAGCCUGUCACACAUGUUGCCUAAGCCACCAAGAUGUCCGUGUUUCUAAGUAGAUUGUCACAUUCUGAUAACCUGCAGGAGGCUUCCCUUUGGUAUUGAUACUCAUUUUGCCGAUGGUGAAUUUUACUGUCGUUUCAUUUCCUCUGGUUCCUACAGCGCCCUGUCAUUGGCAUAGCAACUCAGUUCCUUGUGAUAAUUUUGGUGUGGUCACCUCUUGGCCUCGUGCCCUUCCCAGGGUUUUACUUUUAGUACCAUUCAUGAUUAAUUUCUUUGAAACUCAAGCACACCACUGAAAAGUUUACAUUGGAGACAGCAGAGUAAGCCAGUGCACAGACGUCUUGUAGAAAACUAAGGAAAAAAGGGUCGUUACCUAGAACAGUGGAUC